UAUCUGUACUAGGCUAAAGAUGUUCUGCUACAAAAACAGUUAAGCUUUAAAGUUGGACUUCCAAAGUGACAAAGAUCAUUCUGAACUGUUGUUGACAGGUUACUCGUACCACUGAAAACAUGGCAUCAGCAUCACUGAGGCAGAGUAUGCUGGCCUACGGAUCGCAGGCUAUGGCAUUCUCACUGAUAUCCUCAUCCUUCAACUUCUACUAUGUUAAGGUAUUCUUGGACAUUUACCAUAUAGAACAGAUGUGGUUCCAUCUUGCCCAAGCACUUUUCUUGGUGUGGAAUGCUAUAAACGAUCCACUGUUUGCCUACCUGCAGGAUUCAACCAGCAGCCGGUUCACUCGCACACGACGAGAGAGCAUUCUGUAUGCAGCACCGUUCUUUGCAUUGUCGUACAUUGUUCCCUGGUUUUCAUGGGGAAGCAACCCUAUAAUGGUUGGUCUGCACCUCAUUCUCACACUCUUCUUCUGGGACACCAUGUUGACAUUUGUUGGGUUAGCUGCUUCAGCACUUUUCACUGAAAUAUCGCAGGACCCUGACCACAGAUUGAAACUUGUAAGGAUAGGUAGUAUAGGAUGUUUAUUUGGAGCAUGUAGUGUGUCUAUUCUGGAGUACACCUCCGGCAGCUUAACCAACUUCUUUGGAUUCCAGGUUACAAGCAUUUGUAUAGGUGUGGCUAGCUACCUGUUAUUUCGAUACACUGGUAAUAAUGGUCACACUCAAUAUGACCGUGAGAAGAUGAGCUCAGGAAUAGAAUCUGAUAUAACGCACGAUAAGAGCUUACAGAACCAAUCAUACCUUAGUUUAUCAUGCCAGAUCAUCGCAGACAAAAACUUUGUGUCUUUUGUGGUGAUGAACUUUUUCCAGAUUUUUCAUACAACAUUCAUGGCAAACUUUAUGAAAGUGAUGGGUGAUGAGCUGGUACAACUGCAUGAUAUAGAAGAAUUUCCAUGGUUACGGAGCUUCUUCUAUGGUAGCAGCAGGUUCCUUCCAAUGAUACUCAUCAUAAGCACAACUCCAUUGAUAGGAAAGAUUGGUUACUACAACACUAUCAAGGUCAGCUUUCUGUGGAAGAUCACAGCAGGGAUUGGCAUGUAUAUGAUUGGACGGAACCAUCCAAUCUUACUCAUGCUGUAUAUGGCUCUAGACAGCUGUUUUGCCAAUGCAAUGUUUUCAAUGUUUAAUAUGCCCCUGUCAGAUAUUGUGGACACAGACAUGCAAAAACAUCACAGAAGCCACCCAAUAUCUUCUCUGGUCUACGGAAACAAUGCUUUAGUCACCAAACCUGCCAUCUCCCUAUCGCCAAUGAUGACAGUAGCAGUUCUCAACACCUAUGGCUACCAACAACUGGAUAAGAAAACUUUGACUGUACCUCAAAUCAGCUCUCUCCACGACACCAUGUUCUUAUUGCUGUGUAUCCAGCCAAUAGUCAUUGGUACCUUACAGCUGAUCACCUGGUCAUUCUAUUCCAUACGGGACAGGAAAACCAACCAGGUCAAUAAAGUCUUUACUGCAACCACAGAUAACAUUUUAAACUAAUGAUUUUAAUAAGUCUGUUCAAGUUUAGACCAAUAGAAUCUUACAUGGGUCUGUUCCAUGGACAGAGAUAUCUCAACCUGAUUCUAUGAGAAUGAGGAGUGCUGGCCAGCCAAACUCUUACAUGAGGGUUGUCCAUGGAACAGACCUAUAUUUGAUAUUUUUUCCUACUUAAAAAAAAAACAGAAAUUAAAUUGUAAGUUAAUGUGAAACCUAUUCAUUGUGCCAUGAAAUUAUGCAUCGAAAUUGAUGAUAUUACCAAUUUGCGACUUAGUUACGCUACACAACAUGAGGACGCAACACUACUGUGGCAGCUCCAUAGUGCAUGCCCACUGUCUUUCUCUACCCUGUGUGAGAAAGUUAUUCCAUCCUAGUGACCAUGGGAUCGUCCUGUGAAGAAUGUGAUAAAUAUCUGUAUAUGGGAUAAAUAUUUCAUAUAUUAUUUUUUUCAUCAUUUGUUCGAUCAGAUAGUGUUGACAAAAUUAUAUAAGGAUGGGCAAAUACUGUAAACGUCCUGAUUUUUUGGCACUCCAGUGCAUAACCAAAUGAGAUUAUCACAAUGCUUGCCAUAGAAACCUAUGUAGAUAAACUACAAUUAGAUCAGUCAUAAUUUUGCGGAAUGCUUUUAGUGUAAAAAUCACUGAAAUAAGAUUAUCACUAAAAUAUGUACGUUAACAGCAUGGUCCUACAUUUGUAUAUAGUUCUCAUGAAUGUGUGCAUAUUGAAUAUGCAUUGCUUCCACUUAUCUUGAUGUUGAAGGUUUGUACUUUAAAAUGAAUUGUGUUGGACCUUGAUGACUCAGUAUUACUCAUGGAAUAUAUAUAAUAUAUAAAAGUCACACUCACUUUUUAAUGUACUUUUUUUUUUGUAGCCGUCUCAGUUUUAAAGGUUCUAACUCAAUUUCUUAUACCCAUGAUUUAAAAAACGCAUGGGUGAAUAUGGUCAGUAUUGAUACUGAAUUCAGCAUUUUGGAAAUAUUUGCCCCUAUAUGAGUCAAACUCAAUGUAAAAAAUUUGCAAAAGCAGCUACAAUGUAUUUACAUAUUUUGAGAUUCCAACACUUUCAUGUAGUAAUCAUGCUGCCCAUACCUACUACAUGUGUCUAUUCCUGGUUUUGUUUCUGGAUCAAAUCUGUAUUAUUAUUUCUUAUAGAGUCUUUUAAUAUCAUCUUAAUCUGUAUAGGUUUUGUUAGUAACAACUUAUGUCAGACCUCUAAUCAAGGUCUUAAAAUUAAACUAUGCAGAUGUUAUUGAUAGGGGAUGUACAUAGUAGAAAACUACUGAUGGUUGUAUAACAUUGUGUAUGUGGUAUGUUUUCAGUUCUAAAAUAAUUUAAGAAUUAAGAGGAAUAGAAGGAAGAGAAAUGAAACAAAACCAACAUACCUUUGUGACUUUUUCUUAAGAGCCCAAGGGUUUAAUAUUUCACCAGUAGCUUGCUGGCCUAGUUCUCUCCAUUGUGGGACACAAUUUUAAUUGAGAAUGGGCUUUAAACCUUUUUCACUAUAACAAAGCAUAAUUCAAUCUGUAAGAUUUUCUCUUGGUUAAGUAUAAAUAUGAACAGAUUUUGUUAAAGCACAGACAGUACACUUAUCACCUCAGGGUACAGAAGAUAUCAUAGACAAAACCGCACUGUUAUUGAUAAUAGAGUUUAGUCACUCCACAAUUAAAAUCUAAUAUUGGCUGUGGUAUAUCAAAGUCUUCUUAUAAAAUCAAUAAUUCAUCAUUACUUUUUUGACAAACUAUUUCAAUAUAUUGAGACUUGGUAAAGAACUUGUCUAGAAAUCUGUUUUACAGGAAUUCUGAUGCUCAUUUCCCAUUCUUACAAAAAAUGGUAAAAUGUCUUGGAAAACUUUAUUGUUCUAGUCUACUAUAAGAUAAAGGUAAGGUUCUUUGUGGUGGAUGUAAUAAUGUGUUAAUGAUAUGGAGGUUAUUGUACUGUGAUUUCAUUUCCAGAACACGUUUUAUCAUGUACAUUGUGUAUUUGUUUGUAUCUUGAUCAAAUUGUUUUUGUUUACUGGUUUUUAUCAUCUGGACAGGUCUAUUAUUGAUAAGUAAGUAUGCUUGCAUGCAUACAGUCCUCCAACAAUUUGUUUAAAUUUUGGGCAAAUUUCUUCAAAGGAGACUUUAAUUUAGAAAGGCCCAAAAAGACUCGGGUCAAACUCAUAUUGUACAUUAUAUCAUAAACUUAUCUGCAGUGCUAUUUUAUAAAUGUUGCUAGGAAGUGUGAACAUAUAUGUUGUAUAUAUAGUUGAUGUAUUCAGUGUCAUAAUACAGAAAUGUUAUGUAUACACAAGUGAGACUAUACAGUUAUAGCCACUCACCCAGAUUUUGCCGGUGUCAAGAGGUUUUUUUUCUCUUUUUACUAGAUUUUUUUUUCAAUUUAUAGAUGUUUAUAUAUUUUUUUUUUUCAAUUAUGUUAUCAAUGUAUAUAUUGUUAUCAGAUGAUGUUUGUGAAAGAUAUUUCUUAAAUUUUAAUUGAAUAUUAUAUUUGAAAUUCAUUGCUUUUGUGAUGAAUGUCUGGUGAUGGAAGGUUGGGAUAAAUAAACUAAGGUUGCUGUGAUGAGGAAAAAAGGAACUUGCUUGUUGUAGGUUUAGUUUAUGCUUUAGGAUUUUUUUAUUAAGUUACUCCUUUUAUUGAAAUCAUAUCAUACAUUAUGGUAAAGUACAUGUUUUUAAAAUUAUUUACUUUUUAGCCAACCAUCAUCAGAUCUUUAAAUAUAAAAUAUCUUUUCCCCGUGUGUUCAUUGGAAACAGUCAACUUAGCCUGUAACAAAGUUCUUGGGACCAUUAAAAAAACAACAAAGUUCUUGGGACCAUUAAAAAAACACUUCACUGUUUAAUUGAACAAUGAAUAAUAAUAAAAAUUAAAUAUGAACAAUACUGUAUUUUCUUACUCUACUUCAUUAUUUUUUUUACCAAUGAAAUAUUAAAAAUAAUCAAUUUGAUAAAAUUUGACAUCUUCACAGCUUUGUCCAAUCAGAUUGGUGGUACAUUCUAUUCACUGUAAGCUGCAGUUUUCUUAUUCAGAUGAGGUGACAGUAAAUGAAUGCUUGUUUGAUACAUACAGUAUGUAUUUGCUACGUAAACCUCUGGGCCUCAUACAAUGUAUAUAGAAUUUCACAUACCUGGGUAGUAAUCAGGAAUUUUUUAUAUAUAUCUCAAUGUUUUUUCACCAGAAAUGUCAAAAAUCUCACUUUCUAGCAAUUUUAGGAACAUACAUCACAGGUGUCUGCAUCUGGUUAGGGUUUAUAGAAAAAAUUAUGUGUAUAUAGAGUAGGGACUCUCAUAUGUGUAUAUAGAGUAGGGACUCUCGUAUGUGUAUAUAGAGUAGGGACUCUCGUAUGUGUAUAUAGAGUAGGGACUCUCAUAUGUGUAUAUAGAGUAGGGACUCUCGUAUGUGUAUAUAGAGUAGGGACUCUCGUAUGUGUAUAUAGAGUAGAGACUCUCAUAUGUGUAUAUAGAGUAGGGACUCUCAUAUGUGUAUAUAGAGUAGGGACUCUCAUAUGUGUAUAUAGAGUAGGGACUCUCAUAUGUUGUUUUUCUAUAAAUAUUAACCAGAUGCAGACGCCUGUGACUACCUGUAUCCUGUAUAGGAACACAAAAAGUUGUUUAUGCCUCACAACUUGAGUCACAAAUCUAGCUUACUAAUGUAAUCGAUGUGUAAAAACAACUUGAGUCACAAAUCUAGCUUACCAAUGUAAUCGAUGUGUAAAAUAUAAAUUUAUUCUAGAUGCAGAAUUUGUAAAGGUUGUAAUUGAGUUGAUGUUUAGCUAUUGUAGAGGAUCUUCACAUAAAAUUUAUAGUGUCAGCUAUAGUUUCUGAUGUUAGCUGAUACUCUUACAGACUUUAAGUGACCGACCAAUUCUAAAGAGACAGACUAAAGGUGUGUAAUAAUUUAUCCAGCAUCUAUACUGACGUUAAUCUGUACUUACCACCCUUAUAAAUACUCUAUUUUACUCGAAUAAAUAAAAACAAAAGUCAAAUUCAAAACAUGAGGUGUUUUUUUUCUUGUGCAUGGGAAAAAUGUCUUAUAAACAUUAAUAUCAUACCAACAAGUGUUUGGUGUCAAUGUUUAUCGAGGUGAGAUGAUAAUGGGUUAUAUCAUAGCCUCUAUCCAACAUCACUGGGCAUAUGUAUUUUAUGUUACAUUUAGCCCUAAAUUGUCAUGAUCCUGAGAUAAUACAAAAACAAUGGUUAUAUUUAUUUAAAAUAAAUGUAUAUAAUAUAUA